AUGUCUGAUCUCUAUCUCUCCCGCAUUCGAAACUGGUUCCUCAGUUCGCCCCCGGCAGAAUGGGCCAUCAAGGGACUCCGCGAAACCCUUAUCGGCGCCUUGAAGCAGGGCCCCAUCCCUCGCCACGUGGCUUUCGUUAUGGACGGUAAUCGAAGGUAUGCCCGGAGUCACAAGAUCGAGACCAUUGAGGGCCACCAUCUCGGCUUCGAGGCACUUGCGAGGGUCCUCGAAAUAUGCUACAAGUGCGGUGUCGAGGUCGUGACAGUUUACGCUUUCAGCAUCGAGAACUUCAACCGCCCAAAGUACGAGGUCGAUGGCCUGAUGCAGCUGGCAAAGGUCAAGCUGGAGCAACUGAUUCAGCAUGGAGAACUACUUGAACGAUACGGUGCCAGCGUCCGCGUGUUGGGCGAGCGUGAUCUUUUGAGCGACGAUGUGCUCGAGGUUAUCGACCGUGCCGUUUCCACAACCAAGAACAACAAGAAGUGCAUCUUGAACAUUUGCUUCCCAUACACAUCCCGAGAGGAAAUGACGACAGCCAUCCGUUCCACGGUCGAGGAGUACUCGAAAUCAUCCGCCCCGAAGAGCACGCCCUUCUCGCAGACGCGCAUUACACAAAAGAUUAUGUCCAAGCAGGGAGACAAGAGCGAGAAGAGCGAAAGCGACAACUCGUCUUCGGGACAAGAGCCGCCGCACAGCCUAGCCGAAUCAGACGAUAAUGAAGACUCCAUGUCGUCCACCACGACACUAUACCCAGAUUCCCCAGGCCGCGUCUCCAAGGACGGCUCCAACAACAUUACCAUAUACCCCAACGCCGAGAACAUCACGGCCGAGACGAUCGAUAAGCACAUGUACACGGCCGACUGCCCACCGCUAGACAUGUUUGUGCGGACCAGUGACGUGGAGAGAUUGAGCGACUUUAUGCUGUGGCAGUGCCACCAAGAUACCCAAAUGUUUUUCCUCAAGUGUUUCUGGCCUGAGUUUGACCUGCGGCAUUUCCUCCCUGUCCUGCUGGAGUGGCAGUGGCGGCAGAAGAAGAAGGCGAUGGAGGAGGGGCCUCGACAGCGGGUCAAGGCGGCCUAG